CUCCAGCCGAACCCAUGCUUCCCUGUCUCGCUUGAAAAGGAACUCGAAUUUAAUCAGCAUCACAUAUAUUUUCUGCUACUAAUCCAUUGGUUCAACUCUACUGCAAAAUGGCAGGUAUGGGCCAGUCAAGCAUUGUGGUUUACAUUAAAUACCAGAAAGACGGCCAUUAUCAUUCCCUGAUGAUACCCAAUGGUUCAAAACUUUUGGACAUCGAGGACAUCUUUAUGAAGUUAUUUACUGACCUCAUACCUGGACAAAGUAAGUUCUCAGACUUCACAUUUCAGUUGGUUCAUGGUGAAACAAUGGUCCCUAUCAAGAACGACUACGAAUUCCAACCAAACGAUUGCUUGGUGGCGUCUUAUCGGCUUACAUCGAUAGGUGGUCCAGUCAUUCCCCAUCCAAUCGAAGAUGGUGUUGCUUACUAUAUGUGGUCAAUGUUCAGCCAAACAAACGAGGGUCUUAUGAAACGAGAUGGYACCAAUGUUAAGUGUGAUGGGAAGAAAAGCGAUCAGCCAGCACUCAUUCAAUUUACAGGGCAUAAUGUCACUUCUAGUACAUCUACGACAACUGAGUUUGCUUUUACUCUGGCCAGCAGCAACUCCAACAAGGUCUAUGUAAUGAAAGGAGAAAAUCGGGAUGUUAUUGUUGAGGAAGUCGACAAAUCGUUCAUUAAACCAUCGAUGGGUGAUGAAUAUAAAUUUGAGUGCGUGGAGUCUUUUAGUUACAUGCAGUAUCGGUGCAUUGGAGUUGGAGAUCCAAAACGCACUGAUUUGUACAUCUCUGUUCAGCAAGAUGGCACKGUUCAGCUACAAAAAGGUGGUGUACUGGGUUAUCCUACACCUACCGUGCUUUUCAUUGCAGUAAAUAUGAUUUGAAGAUGUUACUCCUACAUAACCUCUAGAUUGGGUGUACGAAGUUGUUACAUUGUAAAAGGUCAAUUAAACUGUGUGUAAUAACC